GGCUGGCUUAGUCGCUAUAAAUUUCUUAUCAUAAGUGAGGGCGUUAAAGAGUAGUGGUGAACGCCUCAGCAAGCAAACUGAUUAAAUGGGGGAGGAAAACAAAGACAAAAAACCUCAUGUUCUAAUCUUUCCUUACCCUUCUCAAGGUCACAUUAACCCCAUACUCCAAUUCGCUAAACGCUUGAGCUCCAAAGGCGUCAAAGCCACUCUGGUAACCACUGUCUUCCUCUCCAAAUCCUGGUUUUCCGACCCGUCUACCUCUAUUGAUCUCCAGACUAUAUCCGAUGGCUUCGAUGAAGGCGGCUAUAGUCAGGCUGGCAGCUCUGCAGCUUACCUGCCUACUUUCUGGUCCGUAGGCCCCAAGAGUUUGGCAAGUUUAAUCAAGAAACUUUUUGAUAAUGGUCAUCCUGUUCAUGCCCUUGUCUAUGAUGGGUUUUUGAAUUGGGCACUUGAUGUUGCAAAGCAGUUUGGGAUACCUUCGGCUGUGUUUUUUACUCAAUCUUGUGCUGUCAACAGCGUGUAUUACCAUGUUAGUAGGGGACUUCUUCAGCUGCCACUCCCUGGGCCCAAGGUUUCCCUUCCUGGAUUGCCUCCCCUUGAAGUUUCAGAGUUGCCAUCUUUUGUUGCUCUUUAUGGAUCGUAUCCGGCUUGGUAUGAUGUGGUUGUGAAUCAGUUUUCCAACGUUGAUGGAGCUGAUUGGGUGUUCUUUAACAUUUUUUACGAAUUAGAGAAAGAGGUGGUGGAUUGGAUGUCAAAAUUCUGGAAGGUGAUGACAGUAGGACCAACUAUUCCAUCUAUGUACUUGGACAAAAGACUCGAAAAUGACAAAGACUACGGUAUGCAUCGCUUCAAGCCAAACACUAGUGCUUGCCUAAGUUUUCUAAGUGGCAAGCCAAAGGGUUCAGUGGUCUACGUGUCAUUUGGAAGCUUUGCAUCGCUAGGAGUUGAGCAGAUGGCAGAGCUAGCUUGGGCUUUGAAAGGGAGCAACUGCUAUUUCUUGUGGGUUGUGAGGGCAACAGAAGAGGCCAAGGUCCCAAACAAUUUCAUAGAGGAAACCUCAGAAAAGGGUUUGAUGGUGAGUUGGUGCCCUCAAUUGGAGGUGCUGUCUCAUGAGUCAACAGGUUGCUUUCUCACACAUUGCGGCUUUAAUUCCGUUCUUGAAGCACUGAGUCUAGGAGUUCCGAUGCUGGCGAUGCCGCAAUGGACCGACCAAGGCACUAACGCGAAGCAUGUGGAGGAUGUAUGGGGAAUUGGAAUUAGAGCUAGCCCUGAUGAGACAGGUUUUGUGAGAAAAGAGACAAUAGAGCAAUGCAUAACGGAAUUACUGAAUGGGGAAAAGGGCAAAGAGAUUAAGAAGAAUGCAAUGAAGUGGAAGAAUUUGGCCAAAAAGGCGGUUGACGAAGGUGGAAGUUCUGAUAAAAGCAUGGAUGAAUUUAUAUCUAAACUAGUCUGCGACUCGUAGUUUUUUUUUUUUUUUUAAUUUUUAUUUAAGCUUGAACCCUACUUUCAUAUUUAUCUCUCGUCUAGUCGAAGAAAAUAUGACGGAUAUUUAUAUCUGUAAUUUUCAAUUAUCUACUUUAAUAUCAUAUCAGUGGUGGAAACUAUUAAGAUUUAUCUUUCAUGUAUGUUAGGAUUUAAGAGCACUUCCUGCAUAAUGUGAUAACGAUCCUGUAUUCACCAAACAUCCGUAUGGAUUGAAUAAUCGCACGGGAUGUCGUAUGGUAUGGAUGAGCUGUUUUUUUGUCUGCUUUAAUUUUCACGUUUAUGGAGGAUUGUUGGAGUGGCCCCGUCUCAAUGUAC